AUGCCUUCCAAUAAGGAUGGCACAAAGCAAGAAUAUGAGCAGCAUCCCUUUUUGCUCUCUAUCAACCGCCUCUCUCAGGAGCUGGGGACCAACCUCGACACCGGUCUAAAUGAUGCACAGGUUAGCCAGCUUCAAGAAAGGUAUGGUGCCAAUCGCUUGUCCGGAGAAGGGGGCGUCAAGUGGUAUACCCUCCUAGGAAAACAGGUCUCAAAUGCUAUGAUAUUGGUCCUUGUCCUAGCGAUGGCCCUCUCGUAUGGUGUCUCCGAUUACAUCGAAGGCGGUGUCAUCACUGCUGUCAUUGUCAUAAACGUCCUCAUCGGGUUCUAUCAGGAGUUUAAAGCGGAGAAGAAAAUGGACUCUUUGCGAUCCCUAUCAUCCCCAUCAGCAAAUGUUAUUAGAAAUGGCAACGCAAUCACCGUCCCUUCAGGGGAAGUUGUCCCCGGUGACAUUGUUCAGAUCAAAACAGGAGACACAGUCCCUGCCGAUUUGAGGCUGUUUGAAGCCAUGAACCUUGAAUGUGACGAGAAGAUAUUAACUGGAGAGGCCGCUCCCGUUGCCAAAGAUAUUGAAUUCGAAACUAGUGGUGAUGAGAUGACCAUAGGUGUAGGUGACCGGCUCAACAUGGCGUACUCUUCCUCUACUGUCACCAAGGGCCGUGGUCGUGGAAUCAUUGUUUUUACAGGAAUGUACACAGAGAUUGGCAAAAUUGCGCAGUCUAUGCAAGGGAAGAAAAGAAAAGCCGGUCGCUCCAUGUCUUCCAAGUACGGUACCUUUCAGCCAGUGAAAGGGGGUGCCUUGCGCAUCUGGGAUGCAAUCGGGAAGUUCCUUGGCCUUACAGAAGGCACUCCAUUACAAAUUAAACUGAGCAAACUUGCAUAUUCCCUUUUCGGGUGUGCGAUUUUGCUAGCCAUCAUUGUGUUCGGGGUUAACAAGUUCAACGUAACGGAUGAAGUUGCUAUAUAUGCAAUCUCCACUGCAGGUUUAAAAUUUGAUGUUCCUGCCGAAAAAGAAGAGCGGGACCAACGGCGAAAGGAGGAGGUUCGCAAUGAAAAGGAGGCAGAAGAGGAGGACGAAGGAUCUGAAGGCGGAAGCCUCCCUGAAAUUACCCCCGAAUUGGCCGCCUUCCUCGAAUCUGCUGCAUUGUGUAAUCUAGCAACAGUCCGUUAUGACGAAUCGGCGAACUCCUGGCAAACUAUGGGUGAUCCGACCGAAGUUGCCUUGCAAGUGUUUGCCCAUAGGUUUGGAUUCGGCAAGAAAACACUCGAAGCUGAAUCUGGCUGGAAAUCUUUGGCCGAAUAUCCCUUUGAUAGCACCGUAAAGCGCAUGUCUGUUAUCUACAGACAUGGCCAGGAGGCCGGCACUGUGAUUUUCACAAAAGGAGCAGUUGAAAGGAUCUUGGAUCUCUGCACCUCUGUUGGAUUCGGCGAAAAGCGGGAACCGAUGACCCCUGAAUUGAAGGAACGAGUGCUCGACCAAAUGGGAUUCCUUGCUGAGCAAGGGCUCCGAGUCUUAGCAAUUGCUCAGAAGUCGGGCCCUUCAGAGUUCGAGAAGAAUAUGGAAAUCCCAAGAGACCAAGUUGAAUCUGACCUGACAUUAUUAGGAUUAGCUGGUUUAUACGAUCCGCCUAGGUUGGAAACCAAAGAUGCAGUAAAAGCAACUGCCAUAGCAAAAGAAGUAGGAAUAAUCCCACGCAAUGCGAGCACUUUAUCUGCGGCCGAGUCAGAAUCCCUUGUCAAAACGGCUGCCGAGUUUGAUAGAUUGACUGACGAAGAGAUUGAUGCAUUACCGUCUCUACCACUCGUCAUUGCUCGUUGUGCUCCAGACACAAAGACUCGAAUGAUUGCUGCUCUCCACCGCCGCGGCAGGUUUUGUGCAAUGACCGGAGACGGAGUCAACGAUGCACCUUCACUCCAAGCUGCUGACGUUGGAAUUGCCAUGGGCAUGGGUGGCUCAGAUGUUGCGAAAUCAGCAUCUGAUAUUGUCCUUACUGAUGAUAACUUUGCUAGUAUCGUCAAUGCUAUUGAGGAAGGACGACGCAUGUUUGAAAACAUUCAAAAAUUCGUCCUUCAUCUUUUAACAUCAAACAUUGGUGAGGUAGUGCUCCUUAUUAUGGGCCUGGGAUUCAAAGAUCAAAGAGGUUUUUCGGUCUUCCCUCUUUCGCCACUGCAAAUCCUAUGGAUCAACAUGUUGACCUCUUCGUUCCCUGCCUUUGGUCUUGGUCGUGAAAAGGUUUCCGCUGCGGUAAUGCAUCGUCCUCCACAUGAUACCAAGAAGGGUGUUUUCACCUGGCAAAUAGUCGUUGAUAUGAUGGUCUAUGGCGUGAUAAUGGGAGCUUGCACGCUGUUAACCUUUGUCAUCGUGGUUUACGGUGUCGGGAACGGCAUGGAAGAUCUGGGAUUCGACUGUAAUCAUGCAGCCAGCGAUAGCUGCAACGUCGUUUUCCGUGCUCGAGCGGUAGUCUUUGCCGAACUCACUUGGCUCAUUCUCAUCUCAGCUUGGGAAUUCAAGCACCUUCGCAACAGCAUGUUCAACCUUGAACCAUACCGCGAUCACAGUGACGAUACCGUACCUUUCUUCCCCUUCUUCCACGAUAUUUGGGAGAACCAGUUCCUCUUCUGGGCUGUGGUUAUUGGAGCACUCUCCGUUUUCCCAGCUGUCUACAUUCCCGGCCUGAAUACCAAGGUUUUCAAACACCAGGGUAUCAGCUGGGAAUGGGGUCUGGCUUUUGGUUCGGUAGUGAUAUUUGUUCUUGGUAUUGAGGCCUGGAAGUUCAUCAAACGCCGUACCGGAUGGUUUGCAGAGGGCGAAGAUUAUGGUGGCGUCGCAGCUAUUGGCUUCCGAAGAAGAUGGCCAAGCCACGAACUUGGUCUGCGUCAAGGCUUCUUCACCUUCGCAAAAUCUCUUACCAAAGGCAGUGAAAGGAGUAUGCCUGUGGGCCCCGAAAGCUCCAGAUCAAGUGUUAUGGGUAGAGAUAACCCUCGCCGUCUUGAUGAUGGCGGUAGAGCGAAAGAAACGGUUUGA